AUGCCGCAACUUACGGAUCGCUCCGGUGAAAGCCGCCGCCGAAAAACAUGCUUUAGAAAGAUUCGUCAGCUGUGCGCUCUGUGUCGAAUGAGAGCAAUAGUGGUGUUGGUUGAUGAAUCCGAUAAACAUUGGAUAUUCAAAACGCAUGAUGAUAUUCCGGGUUUAGAACAGGCCAUACAGCAUCCCCAGACUCACACGUACGAUGAUUUUGAGCCCUUACCUCCUUCCAGCCGGCGGGUUCCAGCUACGCAGCCAUCUCAACGCCAGAUUACCAUGCUAGCGCCGCCAAGCUUCCGUCGUGAUUAA